AGAAGGCCCCGCGUCCUGGGCAUGCGCACCGGAGUGCUAGGAAGCUGCGACGCGGAGUUUCACUCUGGCUAUCUCCUCAGAGUCGGAGCUUCAGUCGGAGCGGUGCCCAGGCCGAGCCCGAGCUGUAGCCCGAGCGCGGCGGUGCCCUCAGCCUAUCCCCUCGCCUUCCUCAGCUUCGGUGCCCUGGAAUUUGCGUUGCUGAGUCAGCAAGCCUUUCCGAUUUGCUCCGUUUUUGUUGUUUGCAUUUUAUAUCAAGAUGGGAACUCAAACAAGUCAUUCCUCCUAAGGAUCUAGUGUCUCCGUCAAGAAGGGACAGUUUGUGCCAGCUCUCCAGAGAGAAAAGGUCUUCUGGAAGCACUGGGCAAUGACCCCGAGACUCCAGCCCAGAGUGGUCUGAAACUGUUUGGGAAAGCAGAGGGAGUCCUGGGGAAGAUGGCCAUGGCCCCAAGCCCUUCCGUGGCACAGGUGUACGCCAGCCCCAUGGCGGUGGCUGUGUGGGAAUGGCAGGACGGGCUGGGCACCUGGCACCCCUACAGUGCCACCGUCUGCAGCUACAUCGAGCAGCAGUUCAUCCAGCAGAAAGGCCAGCGCUUCGGGGUGGGGAGCCUGGCCCAUAGCAUCCCCUUAGGCCAAGCUGACCCCUCGCUGGCCCCUUACAUCAUUGACCUCCCCAGCUGGACCCAGUUCCGCCAGGACACUGGUACCAUGCGGGCUGUGCGGAGACACCUGUUCCCCCAGCACUCAGCCCCCGGCCGGGGCAUCGUCUGGGAAUGGCUGAGUGACGAUGGUUCCUGGACGGCUUAUGAAGCCAGUGUUUGUGACUUCCUAGAGCAACAGGUGGCCAGGGGCAGCCAGCUUGUAGACUUGGCUCCCCUGGGUUACAACUAUACUGUCAACUACGCCACCCACACGCAGACCAACAAGACUUCGAGCUUCUGCCGCAGCGUGCGGCGCCAAGCAGGACCCCCGUACCCGGUGACCUCCAUCAUUGCUCCACCGGGCCACACGGGAGUCGCCUGCUCUUGCCAUCAGUGCCUCAAUGGCGGUGGAACUGGCCCGGUGUCAGGCCGCUACCGCCACUCCAUGACCAACCUCCCUGCGUACCCUGUCCCCCAGCCCCCCCACAGGACUGCCAUUGUCUUUGGGGCCCACCAGGCCUUUGCCCCGUACAACAAGCCCUCGCUCUCUGGGGCUAGGUCUGCACCCAGGCUGAACACCACCAACCCCUGGGGUGGGGCGCCACCCUCCCUGGGGAACCAGCCUCUUUACCACUCCAGCCUCUCCUACCUGGGACCGCAGCACCAGCCCCCAGGAUUGUCCACUGCCAGUGGAGCCAGUGCCUCCCUCCCCAGCGGUCCUGCGAGCAGCCCUGGGAGCAUCCCCGCUGCGGUGCCCAUGCAGAUGCCGAAGCCCAGCCGGGUCCAGCAAGCCCUUGCAGGCAUGACGAGUAUUCUGAUGUCAGCCAUUGGACUCCCUGUGUGUCUUAGCCGCGCACCCCAGCCCGCCAGCCCUCCCGCCUCCUGUCUGGCCUCUAAAAGUCACAGCUCAGUUAAGAGAUUGAGGAAAAUGUCCAUGAAAGGAGGGACUCCAAAGCCAGAGCCAGAACAGGUGAUAAAAAAGUAUACAGAAGAGCUGAAAAUGGCCCCAGAUGAGGACUGCAUCAUCUGUAUGGAGAAACUGUCUGUGGUGUCCGGCUACAGCGAUGUGACCGAUAGCAAGACCAUUGGGCCCAUGGCUGUGGGCCGCCUUGCCAAGUGCAGCCAUGCCUUCCACCUGCUGUGUCUGCUGGCCAUGUACUGCAACGGGAACAAGGACGGAAGUUUGCAGUGUCCUUCCUGCAAGACCAUCUACGGGGAGAAAACGGGGACCCAGCCCCGGGGGAAGAUGGAGGUGUUCAAGUUCCAGGUAUCCCUCCCCGGCCAUGAGGACUGCGGAACAAUACUCAUAGUUUACAACAUUCCUCACGGCAUCCAGGGCCCAGAGCACCCCAACCCCGGGAAGCCGUUCACCGCCAGGGGGUUUCCCCGCCAGUGCUACCUUCCAGACAAUGCCCAGGGCCGCAAGGUCCUGGAGCUGCUGAAGGUGGCCUGGAAGAGGCGACUUAUCUUCACAGUAGGGACGUCCAGCACCACGGGAGAGACGGACACAGUGGUGUGGAAUGAGAUCCACCACAAGACAGAGAUGGACCGCAAUGUGACAGGCCACGGCUACCCUGACCCCAACUACCUGCAGAAUGUGCUGGCCGAGCUGGCUGCCCAGGGGGUGACCGAGGACUGCCUGGAGCAGCAGUGACCCCCCAGCCUGGCCGGCCCCAGCCCCGCUCCGCCUGCCUCCGGCAGCCAGCUGCCCUCUCCCCACGCCGCCGGCUGGGCUGUCCCUGGGAUGGGCAGGCAGGAAGGUGCCUUUCCUCAGAGGCUGCAGUGUUUGUUGGGGCCUGCCUUCCACCCCCC